CGUCCUUGAUAUAUAAUGAAUCUUCAUCAGAUUUUUUUACCGUUUGUCAUCCUUGCAAAUACUUUGUUUGCGGUGAAAGGAACUUCUCUUCAGACUGGUAAGCUUAACAUUUCGCAAACAUUUCAACAAUGGAGCUGUAACAGUGGCUGCACUCCUUCCUUUCAUUGCCGUUUGCCUCGUUGCUCCAGCGUCGCAUUUCCUAAGACGUUUAGUGGAUCCGAGAAGGUGCAAGUUCACGUGUCACUGAGCUAUGGCGAAGAGUUUUCCCGUGUUCACUCUCCAUCAACUAUGUGGGUUAGAUCUAUAACCACACGUGGAUUUGACGUGUGUGUCCGUGAAACAGGCUCAGCAAGGAAUGAAAGUGGUGUUAUCAACUGGGUGGCUUUCCAAGAUCACAUGGGGAUGAUACACGGAAGUCUUGAGUUCAGCGGAAUCUGGACAACAGAAACAAAGUGCAACAAAGUGGACUUUUCACAAGGUUUUGGCGGUAUUCCUUUCGUAUUUGUCUCCGCUAAGUACAAUCGUGAUACAAAACCCGAUGACGCCAUGUAUGUUUGGUUGGAGAAUAUUAAACAUGGAAGUUUCGAAGUGUGCAUCCGGGAGUUUCUGCCGUUUGACGGACAACACCAAGAUACAAUUGUGGACUGGUUUGCCUUCACUGGAAAUGGUACAGACCUAAAUUUCACUUUGACAGGAGAAGCUAGGUUUAAAAACAGGAAUACCCCAAAAGUUGAGGACAAUUAUGGUUUCUGUCAAGAAGUGUCGUUCAACACUACUUUCUACACUUCACCUGUUGUGUUGGUUUCUGUUCAUCACUUCUAUGACCGUCAGCAGAAAAGCCUCAUUCUACCGGAAAACAACAUAAUAACGGCUUGGGUGGAGGAAAUUCGACUUACAUCCAUGACGAUUUGUGUGAAAGAUUUAAGUGGAACAGGAAGUAAACACGACCCUUUGUCUGUCUACUAUGUUGUGAUUGGAGAUCUUAAUCCAUGUCUUGGCGUGCAUUGUCCUUCAUUUGGAAUUUGCAAAACAUUUAGUGCCUAUGAAUCUCGCUGUGUUUGUUACGAAGACUGUCCCUCGUAUCAAGAUCCUGUGUGCACCACAAAUGGAACGACUUACGACAACCAAUGCUGGUAUGAGUUGAACUACUGCAGAGGACUGGAAAAAAAUUCUGUUUAUCAUCCAGGAAGCUGCGAAGGCUUCCCAUUCCUGCGGGACAAGAUAGAACUUCGCGUGCCAAAAUGGUCAGAUUCCAGCUGUGAAACGGUCAUUUUCCCGCCAUACCGCUUCUAUCCUGAAAAGCAGGUUCAUGUACAAAUUACCGUCACCCACAUGAAUUUAAAUGACUCAGAAACCGUUCAUGACGCUGUAACGUCAUGGAUUGAAGAUUCAAACACGGAAAACUUUACAGUUUGUGCCAUGCAGUCUGGAAGAAAAUCAAGAAACUUUAACCCAUUUGCAACAAUUAUUUGGGUGGCAUACCAAGGUGCACCGCCAAACGGAAUGACGGGAAUUAUCAAGAUGCAAGAGUGGUGGUCUGGAACCAAGUGCGCAAAAGUGACUUUUUCAAAAGACAAGUUUAAGUCGGCACCAGUAGUUCUUGUGACAGCUGAACAUCUGAGGACAGGUGUAGAAUACGAUGCAGCUCUGAUCUGGACUGAGGACGCGACUAAGGACUCUUUUAAAGUUUGUCUCCGUGAAAUGCAGAACUUUGAUGGAAAGCACGAGGAUAUCACCGUGAACUGGAUGGCAUUUACUGACCUUCAUAAGCCGUUCUUCGCCGAACAUGGUUUCAUCAAAUUUCCAAACACAAAUCCUCCAUUAGAUGAAAAUAACAAUGCCUACUGUCAGUUUGUCCUGUUCACCAAAAGCUACAACAGCACACCAUCAGUCCUAGUGACUGCCAAUCACCACACAGACAAUGGAAAUUCAGCCCCAGUUCACAAUGGAAUCACAACAUGGAUUGAGAACAUGAAUUCUACGGGAUUCAGAGCCUGCCUCAAAGAAUUGUAUGAAACCAGAUAUGAACCUGUAUCAUUAAGUUAUGCAGUUCUGACAGAUAUAUGCGACCCUGGAUGGAACUACUUCGAUGGUCACUGCUAUUUUACAAGUAAAACCUGCGCAAACUGGACCACAGCCCUAAGGAACUGUCGAAACGAAAACUCAGCUAUCGCUGAUAUUAAAAGCAGCGAAGAAAACGUUUUCAUACAGCAUCGCCAUAAUGGAGAAAAAUCAUGGCUUGGCCUCAAUGACAGAACAUCAGAGGGUAAUUUUACAUGGGCGGAUCGAGGAAGAGGGAAUUUUACAGCCUGGGCUAAGAAUCAGCCAAAUAAUUUUAAAGAAGAAGAUUGUGUGCACGCACUUGGCAUUAAAUAUCGCUACGAAUGGAACGACGUAAAGUGCAGUGACUGUCAUCAGUACACUUGUAAGAAAGACUUGGAUGAGUGCAACACAAACCAGGACGCAUGUGACAGUAAAGCAAGUUGCAUUAACACCGUGGGCUCAUACACAUGUCUUUGUGAUAGUUCUUACCAAGGAGAUGGCUUUGAAUGCUCACCAACCCUUGGCUUGUACUCCAGUGAUCCUGCUCAUUCCUGCAAGGAAAUGCGUGACUUAGGACUUUCUAGGAAAGAUGGAAAAUACUGGAUCGACCCUGAGAAAAACGGAAAUCCUUUAAAGGUUUUUUGCGAUAUGACAACAGACGGAGGAGGAUGGCUUCUUGUGUCUGAGGUUGUGGUCGGCAGUUCAAACAAACCCUUUCGGUUCUCAGUGGAAUCAUCGUACCGUGGAAUCAGUAAAUCUCAGAUGUUCCUCUCAAACAGUGCCAUGAAGCAACUAAGACAGCAUUUGUCUUUCACUCAGUUGAGGUUCUACUGCAGAAAGCAGAGAACGUUCCACGUCAUGACGGCAAAGAACAGCGCUGGUGAAGCAGCUGUCCAGUUUUUCAGUUAUCAAACGAAUGUAAUGCCUCUCUCCUGUGGCUCGUAUGUGAAAAUGGCUGAUGAUAAUUCUUAUUUAGCAGGACAGUGCAGCAGAUGGGGAUAUGACAAUGUGUAUUUUGUAGGCAAAUGGGGUCACUUGGGCUUGGGUAAUACAGCAAGGCUCUUUGAUCACUCUGCUUUUGUUGGGGGUGCAUAUCACUAUGUGUUAUAUUUAGAUGGCCAUAGGUGGGAAUGCGAUGAUUACCAAGUUGGAGUUUCCUCUGGGGACUCAUGGAAAGUCUUUGUUCGUUAGGACCAAAACUUACUAACCGACAAGUAUUGGUUUUUAUUUUCUGAAUCUUUCAAAAAACCAUUAA